AUGUCUGAAAUUACCGCGGACCACUCAUAUUUGUUGAGAUCAGCAGCUGAACUUGAACUGACAGAAGCUCGCAGACAAAAGGCGGAGAGAACAAAAUCUCUUGGGUCUCCGAUUCAGCUUACCGGCAACGCAAUCGACAUCCAAAUUCGCGGCAAUUACGCAUGGAUUGCUGAGAGUUCGCAUGUAGCCAAGAAAAUUGAUUUAGAGACAAGAAAGACUUUACAGAUAUACAGAGGUCACCACGCACCGGUGACCUGUCUCGCCUUCUAUGACAGAACCCCGAAUUCGGGUGAUGAAAAGCUUCUGAUAACUGGGUCUUGGGACAAGACCAUUAAAAUAUGGGAUACUAAUACAAAGGGCCUUAUCUCAACGACGGCUGCUCACGAUGAUUUUGUCAAAACUCUACUCGUCGUGCCAUCUGUGAAGCUCCUAGUCAGCAGUAGCUCCGAUAAGAUUGUUAAAUUCUGGGAUCUAACCGACGUUCUUGAGAAGCCUCCGCAGCCUGCCGGGUCAGUCUCGGCUCAUAGUCGUCCGGUAGAAUGCAUUGCUGGAAUUGCCAAUGCCGAUGGCUCCGUGACCCUCUUCACCGCUGACACCAUGGGAGUAUUGAAGGUGUGGAAGCUAGAAAGAGAGGGAGGGCCGCGGCCUCGGUGGCGAAGCACUCUUAAGGACACUCUCAACCACCAUCGAACGCGCAUCACUGAAAUUAUAUAUGAUGCAGGUUACAUCUGGACAGCGUCAUCGGAUGAAACAGUGCAAGUCAUUCCUUACCCACCAGGAUCCUCGGACCAGAAACCCAGUCCACCCCUCACGCACCCAUUGCCUGUGCGGGCGAUUCUUCCACUGGCACUUUCCGAUCUUGAAGAGCCGUACAUCGUGACCGGAUAUGGGGAUGUUAUCCGUCUGUAUGAUGUCUCGACGCCAUCCGAACCUGAGGUUCUAGGGGAAAUUGACGCGCAUUGGCACGAUGUCACUGCGCUCAGAUUAUGGAUUCAGAGAAGUCGCACAGACAACGGAAGAACACGCAUCGAGCCAUGGAUAAUCAGUACCAGCCUGGAUGGCACCAUUCGUAGAUGGCGAUUUAGUGAACUCCAUGACUCGAAGCCAGACAACCCUGCUGGACAGUCGAAAGCUACAGUUAUUGCUCCCACUCCCCAACCCAGUGGUGAUGUUAAGGAUCAGGUUGAGAUCACGGAAGAAGAAGAAAGAGAACUCGCAGAACUCAUGGAGGAAGACUGA